CUUGGGCCAGGCCUGUGCCAAGAAAAAACGUUUUGACCCUACCGAGCGUUCUUUUUGUGCCAUGGCCCCAAGCUGAAAACCAGCAGUGGAACACGCUGAAGAGUUGGUGACAGAUGAGGAGUACUUCCGCAUGUGCUCCUUCUGGGACGGCGGAACAGACUGGGUGGCGAGUAGCGGCGACGUGCGCCGCUUCCGGAAUGGAAAGGCGGUGUUGGAGGAGGCGGCCAGCGGGGCCAGCGGAGCCAGCGCGCCGCUCAUUGCCGGGCCACCGGAGGAUGCCAUCGAGGCCCAGAGCGCGGCGGCGGGCCCCGCGGGCCGAGAGGCAUUCCUUGACCACUGGGCGCAAGGGGUCUACUGCUGUGCCAGGUGCCAGCAGGAGCUCUACCACUCCAGCGCCAAGUGGCGCGGCCCCUGCGCAUGGCCCUCCUUUCGGCGCGCGACAGCGGAGGAGGCCCUCCUCAUGCGUCCGGUGGUCGGCUAUGGCAGCUGCUGUGAUGAAGAUGGACUGGUAGAGACAGGCUAUCGCUGUGCAGUGGCGGAGCUCUACUGCCGAUCCUGCCGCCUCUUUCUCGGCCAUCGCUUCCAGGAUGCGCGCGAGAAGGGCGACUGUGCCCCCGACUCAACAGGCUGGCGACACUGAGUCUUAUCGCGUUCGCUGAGCUUCCGUGAGCUGCGGGGAACGGGGAUGAAGAGCGUCCCCCAGUCACUAGCAUCAAGCUUGUAGCGACCAGUCGAGAGGAAGCACCACGUUCUGAU